CGACGACGAUCGAAACAAAUUAUUUUCAGUUGAUUUUUGGCGUUCAUCACACUCGGUUCGGUUAUUUUGUCAGUAGCUUAAUUAAUUCAAUUGAACGCAGUUCUAAGUACGCACUUGUGCUGAGUGGCUGAGUGUAAAAUGUUAUUUAUUCUGGGAGUACUUUUGGCAACGGUAGUCGCAUAUUUUCUUCGUUUCCACUAUAAUAUCAUUCAUGCAUUUUACAUUUCGCUCAAAAUCAACGGGCCCCCAUGCCUACCCAUAAUUGGUAAUGGCCUAAUGUUUUUGACUGAUUCAUCAACCGAACUUUUUGAUAUAGUUGUUAAAGUGUUACAUGAUUAUGGUGACUUUUUUCGCAUUUGGAUUGGUACAGAAUUAAAUGUUGUAUUGUCAGAUCCAAAAGAUAUCGAGAUUGUAUUGAGUAGCCCACGGUAUAUAGAUAAAUCUACUGUGUACAGUUUCAUCAAACCCUGGCUUAAUGAAGGGUUACUCUUGAGCACGGGCAAAAAAUGGCACGAUCGCCGUAAAGUCAUAACUCCGGCGUUCCAUUUCAAUAUUCUGGAGAAGUUUGCUGAAGUUUUUGAUCGACUGGGCAACACUGUCGUGGAUAAACUCAAGCAAUUCGACUCGGGUGAUGACGUUGAAUUCUAUCCAAUCGCUGCAUUGUAUGCCUUGGAUGUGAUGUGUGAAACGGCGAUGGGAGUGAGUAUCGAUGCACUUGCAAAGCCAGACUCGGAAUAUGUUCAGGCCGUGAAAGACAUUGCAUAUGUGAUACAUACUCGCAUGCACGAUUUCAUUAUGCGCUACCCAUUAUUCUUCAAACACUCAAAGUUGGCGAAAAAGCAUGAUAUUGCUUUGCGUGUAUUACAUGAGUUUACAGAUGACGUGAUACGAAAACGGCGACAAGAAUUAAUUGAGAUUGAUAUGAGUGAUAGUGAAAAUGCCAGUUAUAAGAAUGAAGAGGACGAAGCCAUUGGCAUUCGAAAGAAACGCGCUUUUUUGGAUAUAUUAUUACGCUCAACCAUUGAAGGUAAACCGUUGAACGAUCUCGAGAUACGAGAAGAGGUUGACACUUUUAUGUUUGAGGGUCAUGAUACAACCACAUCGGCAAUUACUUUCUGUUUGUAUAACAUAGCAAAGCACCCAUCGGUGCAGAGAAAAUGUUUCAAAGAAAUCGUUGAAGUGUUUGGAUCAGAUACAAAAGAAACAACUACACUCUCGAAAUUGAACCAACUGCACUAUUUGGAGCUAACGAUCAAAGAAACUCUCCGUCUAUUCCCUUCGGUUCCAUUUUUUGGACGCAUCGCCAUGCAAGACAUCGAAUUAACUAAUAAACGAAUCAUUCCAACCGGUGCCAAUGUCGUUAUGCCAAUAUACUCCAUUCAGCGCAAUGAAAGAUACUUUAAAAAUGCAGAGGAAUUCAAACCAGAGCGAUUUUCCGAAGAGAGAACAAAUGAAAAACAAAGCCCCUUCACUUAUAUCCCCUUUUCAGCCGGCCCACGGAACUGCAUUGGUCAAAAGUUUGCAGUGUACGAAAUCAAAAGCAUUAUAUCAAAACUUCUACGCAAUUUUGAAGUAAACUUGACCGAAGAAAGUAAAGUGUUUCCACAUUUGAGUGCAGAACUCAUCUUGCGACCAGAAAGUCGAAUCAAUUUCCAAUUUAAACCUAGAAUUUAUAGAAAUCAGUGUAUUGUUCUCAUUUAUGGUGACAAUUGUGUGAUUGUUGAACGAAAAAUGUUUCUGUUUUUGGGCGUCCUUUUGGCGACAGUUAUUGCUUAUAUCUUGCGAUUCCACUAUGAAAUCUUGCAUGCAUUCAUUUUAUCACUGAAAAUCGAUGGGCCGCCAGCUUGGCCUAUAAUCGGGAAUGGUUUACUGUUCUUGAACAAUUCAUCAGCAGAAAAUUUCGAAAUUAUCAUAAAAUUGGUAAAGCAAUACGGUGGUUUUUUCCGAGUGUGGCUAGGCCCAGGUGAAUUGAAUAUUGUUAUUUCUGACCCAAAAGAUGUUGAGAUCCUAUUGAGCAGUCCACGCUACAUAGACAAAUCGACUGAGUAUAAGUUCGUUAGACCCUGGCUCUCAGAAGGAUUACUGCUCAGCACGGGCAAGAAAUGGCACGACCGCAGGAAAGUGAUUACGCCGGCAUUCCAUUUCAAUAUUCUGGAGAAAUUUGUGGAAGUGUUCGAUCGACUGGGCAACACUGUCGUAGAUAAACUCAAGCAAUUCGACUCGGGUGAUGACGUUGAAUUCUAUCCAAUCGCUGUAUUGUAUGCGUUGGAUGUGAUGUGCGAAACGGCAAUGGGUGUUAGCGUUGACGCUCUUUCCAAACCAAAUUCCGAAUACGUGCAUGCAGUCAAAGAAAUUGCACAUGUGCUACACACUCGUAUGCUUGAUUUCAUACUUCGAUAUCCGCUGUUCUAUCAGCAUUCAAAGUUGGCGAAGCAACAAGCUGCUGCGUUGCGUAUUUUACACGGCUUCACCGAUGACGUGAUACGAAAACGGCGACAAGAGAUCUUGACACUGAAAAUCAAUAAUAAUAAAGAGAAUAGCAGCAGUUCACAAGAGGAUGAGGAGAAUGAGGCCAUUGGUAUUCGCAAGAAACGCGCAUUUUUGGACUUGCUGUUGCAUUCAACCAUCGAAGGCAAACCACUCACUGAUCUCGAAAUUCGUGAAGAAGUUGACACUUUUAUGUUUGAGGGACAUGAUACGACCACUUCAGGAAUCACAUUUUGUUUGUACAACAUUGCAAAAAAUCCCGAAGUCCAGAAAAAAUGUUUCAAAGAAAUCGUUGAAGUGUUCGGAAACGAUACCAAAGAAGCAACAACGCUGACCAAACUGAAUCAACUGUCCUAUUUGGAUCUGAUUGUGAAAGAAUCGCUGCGUUUGUUUCCAUCUGUUCCGUUCAUCGGUCGUCUUUCUUUAGAAGACAUUCAAUUAUCUCAAAAUCGAGUCAUUCCAGCCGGUUCGAAUAUUAUCGUACCCAUUUAUUCCAUGGGCCACAACGAAAAGUACUUCGACGAACCUGAACGAUUCAAACCUGAACGAUUUUUGGGCGAACGAUCGAUGGAAAAACAGAACUCCUUCACAUACAUUCCAUUCUCGGCUGGUCCACGCAACUGCAUCGGUCAGAAGUUCGCAUUCUAUGAAAUCAAAAGCAUCGUAUCGAAGAUUCUACGUAAUUUUGAAAUAGUUUUAACCAAUGAAAGUGAAACGUACCCGGUAUUAUCUGCAGAGUUGGUUUUGCGACCCGAAAGUUCAAUCAGUUUCUAUUUUAAGCCGCGUGUUUAUUAAAUUGUCUGAUUUUUUCGAUUUGUAAUAGCCUAUAUACUUUUUGAUAGCUAUUUGUUUAAAGAAAUUUCAUUUAUAUCUAAAAAUGAUUUAUGUAAGACGGUAUUCAGUUUAGCAAUUCAAAGUGGAGUUAUAACUGAUGUCAUGACAGCACAUUGCACGACUUAAAACAGAAUUAUCGAUUUUUUUUAAAAUAAUUUAUCAGGGAGAUGAAGCAAUGACAACAACAAUUAAAAAAAAAAUAAUUACCUUAUCUAUGCGACCAAAAAAUCAGCACCUUGGUUUAUUAUUGAAUUGGUUGUAAACUUUAUAGAAAUAAAAGCAAUUAAUUUUAGAUCAA